UCUGCAUCUUGCACAAACCCAGCCGCCAUGGAUAAAAUAAAGGAGAAACUCGAGAAACUCCGAAUAGAGUCUGAGCAAAGCCAAUCUCGAGCUGAACAUGCUGAAGCGGAGGUGAAACAACUCAAAGAGGAACUUGCGAAACGGGAAACUACGGUACAGAGUCUCAACAACAAAGUGACCUUGCUUCAAGAAAACUUGGACAGAGCUGAGAAGCGCGUGGAAGAGCUUUCCGAAAAAACUCGCAACCUUGAGCUGACAACAGAACAAGCAGAACGCAAAACCAAACAGUCUGAGGCGGAACGGACGGAAUUGGAGAAACGGUUAGAGGAGAUGACAGAGAAAUAUAGAGUAGUAAAACAGGAACUUGACUCCACGUUGAAAGGAUUGGAAGAUUUGUAAGUCAGAGGGUCAAUAUUUGGAUGGCUUGUUCGGGAUUGCAGAGAAAGCGACACCGUUAUUAUCUAAAACAUAUUUCAUGGAUUCAGUCGUAACUGCUCUCAUUAAUCACCAUUGUUUAAGCGAUGCACGA